AUGCCAACAAUAUUCCUGGCAACAUCACUCGGAGCCCUAGGGGCACAUGAGCAAAUAGACGACGUCGAUUGCCCAGGACCCACGUGGUUACUGUUGGUUUUGAGUUCAGUUUGUGUUGAGGCCAACAGGCUUCAUUACGUCGGUCUUGGGGAUUUGCUCCUGUCGUUAUUAAAAAAUGAUCAAAUUCCAACUCCAAAUGGAACACUAAUUGCUGUCUUGGAAUUAUGGGGAAGUCUACUUUGUCAAUACAAUUACUACAGAUUCAAUGUCGCCAAAUUCCGGUAA